AUGACUAGUGUUAUGGACAACGUCCCAAGCAGAAGUUUGCUUCCUGAUGCUGCCGACCUAUUUACGACAGUUUGCCAACAUUUGGAGAUACAGGAUAAACAGAAGGAAGCUUUAAGCAAUUUUGAAGUUUAUGGUUCGGUUUCCGAAUUAGCGCUCAUUGAGAAGCUCUUUUCACCUUCUGAUUCAGCCACUCAAGCCGUAAUAUUUUAUAAGGCAAUCACAAAUGAACGCAAGCUUUUUAAGAUUCCAGUCACCCCAGGAUCGAGCAUUCUGCAGCAUAAAUUAAUCAGAAAAUCUAAAGGAUCAUAUAUUACCACUACCAGUUCACAAGCUUCAACAGCAAAUUUAUCUAAACAUUCGUCUGAUAGUUCUGUCACCUCUCUCGAAGUUCUAGCAAAAGUAAGAGCACCCAGUAUAGAUCUGAAAAGUGAGGAUCUAAUUUACGAAGCUGAACAGCGUCGUUCUGAUUCUCCACAGUAUUUGGUAUUCGCCCGAACAUACACGCGAGUAAAAAUUCAUGUCAGAGCGGCACCUCUAACCGACCAAGAAGCCCAUAAGCUUGGCGUGGAACGAUGUGUUUGUGUUGUGCGCCGCGCGGAUCCCGAUGUUCCAUUCAAAGAUGAUAUACUUCCUAUCACCAGCCUUUUCGAAUUCAUCAUCGUUCUUUAUCCCAUUCUCCCUAAUUGCAAUGAUCUGAUUUCCAAGAUACAAAAAUCCGUUGAAAUCUAA